UGCUUGAUCUCUUUGAUGCAUAUAAACAAGACAUGGUUCCAGCAAGCUCAUCUUUAGCUAGUUCAUCAAGAAACACUCAUUCUCACUCAAUUGACCAACCAUUGAAGAAUACAUCGUUUAUGAAGGAAUACCGUCAAGAAAAGAUACAACAGAUCUCAAAUGAUGGUAAGUCUGAACUUGAAAUAUACUUGGAUGAAAAGUGUCUUCUGGAUGAUGAUGUGGAUAUUCUUCAAUAUUGGAAGUCAAAUAGUAUUCGAUUUCCUCAACUUGCAAUAAUGGCGUGUGACAUUUUAAGCAUCCCAAUCACAACGGUGGCUUCUGAAUCUUCUUUUAGUAUCGGAGGCCGUAUCUUAAAUAAGUAUAGGAAUUGCUUACUCCCAGAAACUGUGCAAGCUCUCAUUUGUACACGUAAUUGGUUGCAUGAUUUUAAGGAAAUCAGACCUUCUGAUAUACCAGAAGUCGAGGAGAUACCAUUGUAUGAAAAAUCAAGUGUUCAAGAAGAGACUAAGGCCGAGAAGUUAUUUAAUUUAUAAUUUACGUUAUGCAUUUUAAAUUGUUAGGUUAAAAGUUUAGUUUGUGAUGUAAGCUUGAAAUUUAUUAGCUUUGAGGGUGCACUUUGUGAAUUUAUUAUCUUUUGAC